GACUACCCCGGCCCAUUGGAACCAGUCCUCCUAUCACGACACUCUCCUACAUGGUCCACUGUGGCCCUAUAGAACCGAGUGCCCUGGUUCUUAAUCUGAGCCUAGUUCCCUACAAGCGGAACAGCACCAGCCGCGGGGAGGAGGAGCACGAGAAGGAGGAUGAGGAAGAAGAAGACGAAGACGAGGAGGAAGAAGAGGGUGAGGAGGAGGAUGAAGAAGAAGAGGAGGAGAAGGAGGAGGAGGAGAAGGAGGAGGAGGAAAGAGAGCAAAAAGAGGGGGCAGCGGCAGUGGAGGCAAAUUGGUACGCCGCGCGGGAAUGUGGGAAGUUGAGCAGGCAGGGAUGUCGACGUGGCAACGGCGAAGGAGGACGAGAAGGACGGGGAGGAGGAGGAGGAGGCAUUGAAACAACGGAGGAGGGCGACGACGCCGAGGACGACACGGAGGAUGAGGAAGAAGAAGAAGAAUACGGGGAGGAGGAGAAUGAAGAAGAAGAGAAAGAUGAAGUGGACGAGGAGGAGGAGGAGGAUGAAGAAGAAGAAGAAUACGAGGAGGAGGAGGAGGAGGAGGAGGAGGAGGAGGAGGACGGCGACGACGACAAAGAAGAAGAGGAGGCGGCGGCGAAGGAGGAAAGGGAGCAGGAGGAGGACGAGGCGAUGGACGCAAAUCGGGACCCCGCAACAAUGGACGAGGAGGAGGAGGAGAAGGAUGAUGACGACGACGACGAGGAGGAAGAGGGGGAGGAGGAGGAGGAGGAGGAGAAGGAGGAUGACGAAGAACAAGAAAAGGAGGAGAGAGAUGAGAGAGACAUGAAGGAGGAGGAAGGAGGAGUGUACGCACCUGCACGGGGGUUGGAACAUGCGUCGGGCCGUGGCCGUUCGCGCGCAAUUUUGGCAACAUCCAGCUCCCACGACAUGCCCAAGUCACGUGGGCGCUUAAUUCGAAUUUGAAUUUGGUCUGAUUCGAAUUUGAAUUUGGCCUGAUCUGGGCCGUAAAUCUCUUAGAUCUGAUGGCCCAGACCG